AUGGGUUAUUGUAAGAACACACAACCCCCCGGCCUUAACCACAACAGCUUCUCUACAAAGAGCAGCAGCAGCAGCAGCAGCAGCAGCAGCAGCAGCAGCAGCAGCAGCAGCAACAAUAGCAGCAGCAGCAGCAGCAGCAGCAGCUGCUUCGGCAGUCUCCCUCUGUCUCUUCUUCUCCUUCACUACAGGGCUCCCCAAAAAGACUCAAAAGGAGAGAGCAGCCAGGAGACAGAAUACCACAGACAACAGACAGGAGACAGCAAAGAGGAGACAGCAGAAAGGAGACAGCAGAAAGGAGACAGUACACGCAGCAGACAGCAGAGAACAGACAGGAGACAGAAGGAGACAGGAGACAGCAGAAAGGAGACAGCAGGAGACAGCAGAAAGGAGACAGGAGACAGCAGAAAGGAGACAGGAGACACCGCGCUGCGUCCUGGGGGCCCUAGAAGAGCUGCGGCCUCCUGUGGAGACUGCUCAGGGUCUCCCCUACAAUGCGCUGCAGUUUGCUGCUGCGCCCCACACAUACACCGCAACAUGGGGGCAUCUAGAGGUGUCUCCUUUUGGGGGACAGUUGGGUUUUGUCUCCUCCCCUUUGCAGCAGCAGCUCAGGGUCUAGCAGCAGCUGCUGUCUCCGACUCUAUGUCUCUCGUGGAUGGCAUCUCUGCUGCUGCUGUAGAUGCUGCUGCCGUUGCUGCAGCAACAGCAGCAACAGCAGCAACAGCAGCAGCAGCAGCAGCAAGAGAGGCAUUAGAAGCGGGUGGGGAGUACCCUGUGGGGCCCCCGGGGCCCCUGGACUUGCAACAAAGAAAAGUAGAAAACUCUGGCGAUGGAGACAGUGAGGAGACACCCCACACUGUCUCCUUUGCUGCUGCUGACUGGGGAGACACCGAGUGGGUGCAGCUCGUCAUAGAGAGACAGCCCCUCACCCUCACCUCUAAAGUACACAAGCUGCUGCUGCACGUGAUGUUCCUGCUGCUGCUGCUGCUGCUGCGCAGCAGCAGCACAUGCCCACAGAAGCAACAGGGGCCCCCUGGGGGCCCCCUCGGGGCCCCUCCCCCUCAGCAGCAGGGAGAGAGAGACAGCCUGCUGCAAGGAGACAGCUGGAGGCCCCCAGCCACGUGCUGCUAG